GCCGGCGACAUGCUGGCCAAGACGGUGCCAGUUGGCCAGCAGCGUCGGCUCGUCAACAGCCUCUGGCCCGGCCUCGACUCGGCGUCGGCGUCGGCGUCGGCGUCGGCUUCUCCGGGACUCGGACUCGUGUCCGGCGCUCCCGCCUGCCCCCCGACUCGACGCCACGACCGGGCGACGGCGACGUCAACGUCAACGGCGACGGCGACGGCGACGGCGACGUCGACAGUCUCGUUGGGCGGUCUGACGGGCGUGGGUCGGUUGCAAUUGGGCGCGAUCGGUGCGUCCGAUCGGGCCGAGUCGCGUGAUCCGGUCGAAUGGAUUCAGACGCCGACGACGCCAACGGCGACGGCGACGGCGACGGCGACGGCGACGGGUGCGCGUAGCAAAAGCGACAGCGGCGCCUUCUCGGCCAGUGACGAGGGCGGUGUCGGUGGUGGUGGGGCGGCGUUUUGUCGUCCGUUGCGGUUCAGCAUCGGCGAUCUGAUCGAGGAGGAAAAGUGCGCCGGAUCGGCGCUGUUCGCCGUCGACCAAGCCUCGCGAUUGGUCCGCGUCGAGUGCCGCAAGCCGGGCUGCCGGUGCGUGCUCAAGCACCAAUCGCUGCUCGCGCUCAAGGUCGUCUCUGGCGUCUCGCUGGUCCAAGCCGUCCGGUUGCCGGGCGACUCGGCCUCGGACCGUCUGCUCGGCCUGUUCGGCCUCGGGCCGGCCCCGUCGAGCCAAUCAGACGCCGGUGCCAGUCCACCAAUCAUGCUCACCUCGUGUUGCCCUUUUUGGUUCGAGCUGGUGCACAAGACGCCCUCCGGCCCCAGCGACACGACGCCCUGCCACGGGCCCCCCCUCCCCGUGUGGACGUCGGCCAAGGCCGUCUGGAAGGCACGCCCCCCUCUCUUCCUCGUCCGCGCCCCCACCCGAUGCUUCCUCUCCCGCGACUCCACCGGCCAAGCCCUCUUCGCCGCACGCUCCCGCUCCCGCACCCCCUCACGCCAGAACCGGCUUCAACCGCCCAACGACACCGUCGGCGUCGGCGUCGGCGUCGGCGUCGUCUCGCUUGACGCCGACGUUCCGCUCCGUCUCCGACCCGGCACCGUCUUGCGUCUCCUCGACUGCCGCAUCUGCCGACUCUUCUCCGCCGCCACCGCCUCGCCGUCGUCGCCGUCGUCGCCGUUCACGUCGUCGUCGUCGUCUUGUGUUUCCGCUGCUUCCGGCGGCGCACGGACGCUGCCGAUGCUGCACUGCAGCGUCGUCGGCGGACGCGCGCUCUCCAGCCUCGCCUCGGCGCACGUCUCCAACGGCGACGUCAACGGCGACGUCGACGGUGACGGUGACGUGUUCGGCUGGUUCGCGUUGACAGGCCCGCGGCCCGUCUUCCUGCCGCUUGACGACGCCUCGGUGGCGUUCAGUCCGGUCGCGCUCUCGUCCAGGCUGGCCGGCAACGGCGACGGCGACGCGGCCGACUGGGCGGGUGGUGGGGCGCACAGUCUCAUCUCGUUGCUCACGCGUUACCGCCUCCCACUCACCGUCCGCCUCCUCCUCGACCCCACCCCCACGUCGACGUCGACGUCGACGUGUGAUUGGCUGUCGGCGGCGCGACGUCCGGCGCCCUGUCUGCGCCUCUUCGAGUGCUUCCACGGCGACCUCGUCUUCCUCGAGCCGCUGUCCGACUGUCACGGCGACGGCGACGGCGACGGCGCGAGUCGCUUCUUCGUCGUCACGGCCGACAUGCUGGCGCAGCACACGCUGCUGGUGGCCGAGGCGACAUCGGCGCGCGGCCACCGGCGACGGUUGGAGCGACACGCGGCCCGCGUCGCCCACUUCCUCGCCGCCACCCACCCCGUCUACGGGCUCGCCUAUCUGCUGCGCUACCUCGAAGAGACGACCCAAUACUCCACCACCGGCCCCCCCCACGCCCCACUCACCCGCACCCUCGGCCCGCCUCGCGUCGCCCUCGCCCUCGCCCUCGACGACGCCAGCCCCAGCGCCAGCGUCGCCGCCGCCGCAGCCAUCGCCGUUGGCGAAGCAGACGAUCUCGUCAUGCCAACCGACGUCGACACCGACGCCAACGGCGACGGUGACGCUGACGGCUCGAGUCGGCUGCGCUCGGCGGCCGGACUGUUGACGCCGCUGGCCUGCGGCGUGGCCGCGACUCCGGCCAAUCUGGUCGCCAAGGAGACGGAUGAGUUGAAUGCACGUCGCCGGCCGCCCACUCAAGCCUGCCGCACCCACGUCGCCUCAGCCGCCCGUCGGCCCGGCGGCCGCCUGGCCGCCUCGACAGCCAUUGGUCCAGCCGGCGCCGCUCGCCGGCCAAUGGCCGGUCUGGCAGACGGCGACUCGCCGUGCCGCCGCGCCGUCGGCGUUGGCGUUGGCGGCCGUCUGGCCGCGCUACACGCACCAAUCGCUGCUCGUCAGCCCGCCCCAGCCGCUGUUCACCUCGCCUUGGCUGCACCAAUCGGAACUCGCGCACGCCUGGCCCGAACCGCGGACAACGGCGACGCCGACGCCGACGCCGACGCCUCGACACAAACUGGCCUCGGACGCGGCCGCCUCGCCUCUCUUCGUGGCUCGGCACCGCCUCGUCGCUUCGGACGAGGCGACGAUGCGUUACCGCGGCAGCACGCCCAGCCUCGCCCUUCAGCCCAACCGCCAGCCCAGCCUCGACGUGUACACACACCAACAACAACCGGCACAACGCCAGCAACCGCAACGCGCCUCCGCGAUCAUGCUGGCCUCGUUCGCCGCGACGCAGACGCCAACGGCGACGCCGACGGCGACGGCGACGGCGACGAAUUGGGCGGCAGACGAUCUGGCCUCGCCGGCUCGCACCAGCACCAGCACCACCACCACCACCAGCGCCGGAAUGACCGGCCGCUCGGUCUUCUGCCUGCACGGGCCGCCCCCCCGAGGCGCGUCGCUGCUCGGCCCGCCCGUCUGGCCGACCAAUCGGCGCGCGGACACGUCACCGGAGCCUCGACCAGUGUGUCCUCACCAGCCGGACAGACAGCACCAACAGUACCAACAGCCUCAACAGCAUCACCAGCACCAGCACCAGCAGAGCUACAUGUACAUAAUCUGACGCAAAAGCCUCUCUCUCUCUCUCUCUCUCUCUCUCUCUCUCUCUUCGUCUCAUCGUCUACUCCGCCUAGCCUCGCCCUCCAGUCACCGGGUGCCUUGGCCAUUGCCUUUUCCGUUGCCUUCUCUCGUCUUCUUUCCAUUCUGUCCUUCUUUUAUCUUUUCUUCUCGUCUGGUCUUUUUUUCAUUCUGUUUUUCUUCUACUUUUUCUUCUCGUCUCGUCUUCUUUUCAUUCUCUCUUCGACCUUGUCUUCUCGGCUCGUCUUUUCAUUCUGUUUUUCCUCUAUCUACUCUUCUCGUCUCAUCUUCUUUUCAUUAUGUCUUUAUUCUACUUCUUAUUCUCGUCUCGUCUUCUUUUCAUUCUGUUUUUCUUCUCGUCUCGUCUUCUUUACAUUCUGUCUUUCUUUUAUCCUUUCUUCUCGUCUUUUCAUUCUGUCUUUCUUUUAUCUUUUCUUCUCGUCUCGUCUCGUCUCGUCUACUAUUCUCACCGUCUCUACUCCUCGCUUCGCCGCUCUUCUUUCUCUCCCCACUUUUCCGCCCAAUUCAUACCCACCCUCUCGUCCCUUUUUCUUUCUCCACUCGUUUCGUCUCCUCUUCUCUGCCAUCCUUUGCCACCGCACGCAAGAACAGACCGGCCCACCUGCAAUGUUGGUAGUCCUCUUCGCCCUGUACAUAAAACCUGUAAAUAUCCACCAGCCACCCUGUCCACAGACAAGUGGUCCCGCCCACUCACCCACCCACCCAUUCACCCAUUCACCCAUUCGCCUUAAACGCCAGCUCGACUUGUCCUCACGACAGUCACCCUCCGUCCGUGGCCAAUCGGCCAGCCGAUAG